GGGGGUUAACUGUCUUUAUUGUGGUUUGUGAACUGAUUUAUUGAAACUAUCCUAACUGUAACAAUGGGAGCGUAAUUUGUUUACUCCAUAAUAAGCAGCUGCUGCCUUUUUUUCACUCUAGACCACCAUCAUGAAAUUUGCGGCUCUUGUUCUUCUGCUGGCUGUCGGCUCUCAGGCCGCUUCCCUGCAGGCUGAUGCACCUGACCAGAUAACCCAAUAUCGGGGUAAGCUGAAGGAAUUGGUUACCAGGAUUCUGCAGCCAUUUGAUGACACCACACACAAGGACAAGAAGGAUGCCGCAAUUAACGAGGCAGAUGCAAAAUUGGGUCAGGCAAUUGAAAUGGGCCAAGCUGCUUACACUGCCAUCUCUGAGGCCACCGCUGACGUCCGUGCAACCAUCGAAGCAGACAUUACGAAGUUAAGAGACGACCAUACUGCCCAAGCUGAGAAAGUGAAGGAGACUCUUCUGCGACACGUCCAACAGUAUCUUUCGGCACUAGAACCCCUGAAAGAGUACCUUGAGGGCAAGAAAGAUGAACUGGAUGCGUUGAAGGUCAAGACUUCAGAUGCUGUGCAUGACAUUGGUCAGAAGGUGCCAGUAAAUUGGCAGGAGACCAAAGAGUCCUUGAUGCCCAUUGUGCAAAGUGUGAGAGAUCACCUUCACCAGCGUAGAUUGGACGCCCAAGCAAAAAUUGAGCCCUAUAUCGCAGAUUACAUGGAAACAGCCAAGGGCUAUGUGCAAGAUCCAAGUAAGGGUACACCUGAUUUAGAGGGGUUGAAGACUGCUGUGACUGCCUAUUUUCAGAACCUGUUCGCGUCAUUGAACCAGAACUAAAUUCUCUCUUCCUUGUUCUUGUAACUAACCUCACCUCCCUGUCUGCCCUAGAUCCAUUCCUUCUUUCCUCACAGACCAUCUCAUAAAAUGAAGCUAGUACUGAUCUGAUGAACAAAAUGGCAGGACUCUGUUCCUUCCACGCAAACAGCUUACAAGCACAUGCAAGCACACAUGUAGAGACACGUACAUACUUAGCACACACGUGCUGUUUUCUUCACGUUGCGGACAACUGCUAGAAUUUUGUGUAGGAACUGUAUGUGAAUUACUACAAGUGCUUGAAUCUCUGUGUGAUGAUGCUUGUCAGAUGAAAACUGUGCUUUGAUGAAAUACAGCUCAAUAAAGAUCUGACUGUGUAUACUG